CAUGGAUUACGCCUUAAUUUCCAGAUCUGCAUAUGAUUUCUAUGCGAUGGAGAAAGAGGAUAAGGACAGACUGGCCAAAUACGUAUGGCAAAUGCUGGACAUGAGAAGCAGAUACACACUAUGUAAAACAAUACAGGCCGCUGCCUCCUCCUGAUCUGACACCAGCAGAUGAGGUCAGCUCAGGUCAUCGCCAUGGUGACCUUUGCUGAGACGACACAGGUCUCCCCGAUGGAGCUGCGGGAGCCGACCGUCCGGACUGCCACCCUGUCCCCCGGGCUGAGGCGGAAAAAGAUGCUGUGGCAGAAUGCUGUAAAACACAUCAUUAUUCAGCAGGAGCUCAGCGCCCAGGUGGGUGUGGAGCCGGCACGUAAAAUCUUUGUGACGGACACCUACAUGGAGGAGAUCAACAAACAAAUCCGCAGCAAGGGCUCGCGCGGGGUCACAAAACGCCGCUCGUCCACAUUCAGAACGCAUCCUUCCCAGGCCCGGGGUUCCAGCUGCACGCAAAGCAACCUCUACGCCAGCGAUGCCGACUUCUUUGUGCACUGGGGCCGCACAAUCCGCGGAGUCUACAUACCCAGCCUGAGGCACACCUUCAAGUCUCGAGACCUGGAGAAACUCUACGAGCAACACUACUCCCACCAAAGACGCAACUCUCUAGCCAUCACCAAUGUGAUCGAUGCAGUGGCCAAGCUGCACGUGUUGGUUCUGUACCUGGCACUGGCUCCUGAGGCCGUCACAGACACGUUUCGUGGCUACCUGACAGCCAUUUUCAUGGUGUUAGCAACAGCACUGUGCAUCAUGGUGUUAACCUGCAAAGGCUCCAUGUCCCCGCGGUGGCUUCACUACGCUGGCCUAGUCAGCUGGCUGUCGCAGACCACCCAGGUGUUGGGAGGACUGGUGUAUGGACUAGAAAAAGACCCAUCAUGGUACGUUUUGUUCACUUUGUUCGCCACAUACACGCUGCUGCCGUUACCUCUGAUGUGGGCCAUGUGCGCCGGCUCGCUCACCUCAGUGCUGCACCUGCUGGUUGAAGUAGCGCACUACUACAAUGAUGCCAUGAUUUUGAGAAAGGUGUUUGCCAAAGGCCUGCUGUACCUGGGUAUGAACACAGCUGGCUUCUUUAUCCACUACCUGACAGACCACGCCCAGAGACAGGUUUUCCUGGAGACGCGGCGCUGCAUCGCAGGCCGCCUAAAACUAGAACAAGAGAACCAAAGACAGGAGCGUCUGGUGCUGUCGAUCCUGCCUCGCUUUGUUGCCUUGGAGAUGAUCGCUGACAUGAGCACUUUGGAGGAUGAGCUCAAUCCUCACGAGUUUCACAAGAUCUAUAUCCACCAGUACAAAAACGUCAGCAUCCUUUUUGCAGACAUCAAGGGCUUCACUCUGUUGUCCAUGAACCUGUCAGCCCAGGAUCUGGUCCGAACCCUCAAUGAGCUCUUUGGACGCUUUGACCGACUGGCAGAUGAACACCACUGCCUGAGGAUAAAGAUCCUGGGAGACUGUUAUUACUGUGUGUCCGGAGUCCCGGAGCCUUCACGUGCCCACGCCCAUCACUGUGUUGAGUUGGGCCUGGCGAUGAUCAGCACCAUACAGUACGUGCGGAAGCAGCUGAACUUCGACAUGGACAUGAGGAUCGGGAUCCACUCGGGUUCUGUCCUGUGUGGCGUGCUUGGCCUGCAGAAAUGGCAGUUUGAUGUCUGGUCCUGGGAUGUUGGCAUCGCCAACAUGCUGGAGGCUGGGGGGAUACCAGGACGUAUCCACAUCUCGAGGGCGACCCUGGAUUGUCUAGAGGGCACCUACCAGACAGAAGAGGGUCACGGCCGCGACAGGAACGAGUUUCUACGCAAACACAACAUCGACACUUUCCUCAUCUCCUCUCAGGGGGAAAGGGACAAAGUUGACCCCGCCGAGCCGCCCAAGGUCCUGAAAACAUCUCGAACCUGGAAUCCAGCGAUGCCCUUGGGGAAUGUCACUGACAUGAACAGUCAGAUCUUGGCCUCUUUUACGAAUGGCUCGGUGCCCAACAUAUGGCAUUCCACCUCCAAGGAGAUUAACAAACGCAUCAAACACGCCAUCGAGGUCCGAAGCAGCGAUCGAAUGCACAGGAAGCACAUCACUCCGCUGACCCUGGUGUUCAAAGACACACACAUAGAGGACAAGUUCUCCCAGAUGAGGGAUGAAAUGUUCAACUCCAACCUGAUCUGCUCCUUCAUCAUGCUUCUGUUUCUCAUGGCUGUCCAGGCGCUCAUUCCUGCACCCAGGCUUUUCCCAGUCGUCCUCCAGUUCUCUGUCUUCCUGUUCGCCUACAUGCUGCUGCUGCUGUUGGCCCUGGCCGAGGAGUUCAAGUGGGCUCCUAUAGCCUUGCAGCACUUCUGCUGCUGGAUCCAUGAAAACAACAGUGCCCGCAACCUCCUCACACUCACCGCCAUUGCCGUCAACUUUGGCUUGGUGUCUACAGACAUGGUGUGGUGCAUUCUCACAGACACAGGUGAGGCUGAUGUAAUGGACAGAACCAACGCAGCCUCUCGUCCACUCUCCAUCUGCACGUACCCCGAGGUCUUCGUAUUGAGUGGGGUGAUCGCCAUGGUGACCUGUGCCGUCUUCCUGCGUCUCAACUCUCUGCUGAAGCUGGCGGUGCUGCUGCUGGCGGUGGCUGUCUACUCCUACCUCAUCCACCUGGCCUUCCUCACACUCACACGCCAAGAUAUGGUCCACAGGUCUCACUAUGCCAGAAGAAAAGGAAUUUCCAUCCUCCUCAUGGUCAUGUUUAUUGUUGCUGUCUUCUACAAUGGACGACAGUGGGAGGCCACCGCCAGACUGGACUUCCUGUGGCGUCUGCAGGCCCAGCAGGAAGUGGAGGACAUGAGGGAUCUGCGGGAACACAACGAGUGUCUUCUGCACAACAUCCUGCCUGUGCAUGUGGCCAGACAUUUUCUGGACCGGAGCAAGCACGAUGAGGAGCUUUACUCACAGUCCUAUGAUGAAGUGGGUGUCAUGUUUGCCUCCAUCGCUGGCUUCAAUGAGUACUUUGAGCAGAAAGAGAUCAAACAUGAAGGAGUGGACUGCCUGAGACUCCUGAAUGAGAUCAUUGCUGGCUUUGAUGAGUUGUUGGAGGAGUCGUACUUCCACUAUGUGGAGAAGAUAAAGACUAUCGGGAGCUGCUACAUGGCCGCCUCUGGCUUAGCGCCAGACAGGCAGUCUAACUCUGACUAUUCUCAGACGUCCAUGGAUGAGUGGAAUCACCUGAGCGAGCUGGUUUUGUUUGCGUUGGCAAUGCAGGAGACCUUGAAGGAGAUUAACCGGCUCGCUGCCAAAAACUUCCAGCUGCGUGUGGGCAUCGCUCACGGGCCGGUGGUCGCAGGGGUGAUUGGUGCCACCAAGCCUCAGUAUGACAUCUGGGGGUCAACAGUGAACCUGGCCAGCCGCAUGGACAGCACCGGCGUGAGCGGACGCAUCCAGGUGCCCGAGCCCACACGCAGGAUCCUGGCAGAGUGGGGUUUUGUCCUGGAGCUGCGAGGAGAAAUCUUUGUCAAGGGGGUGAGCGAGCAGCAGGGGAAGGUCCGCACCUACUUCAUCAGCACCAUGCGCAGCAAGAUGGCCAACAUUGCGAAAAACGGGUGCCUGCGGGGACGGACGGGAGGGGGACGCAUGACGCUGGCGGGAGUGGUGUUUGGUCUCGUUCAGGCCAGAAACAAGGAGAAGCAGAGGGAGACCAACGGGGGGUUCGGUUUGACUCCCUGCACCCUGUAAUAUGCUGAGGGUGGGUGGGGAGGGGGACACCACUUGCAGGUAGAGGAGGACACAGGCCUGCCAUAUUGUUUUUCUGCUGGUUUACAGUGUCGUUUUGCUUUGCCAUGACUUACUUAGCUGCACAAACUGAGAGAAAGGUGCUAGCCUUUUUUUUCCCCAUUUCAUCCAUGACUGUGUCCUCCUCUGCAAACCCCCCAGAAAUGUUAGAGGUUUGGGGCUGUAUUGUGCGUAACUGACACAUAAGGGAACUCAUUCAUGGGCCUCUUAGUCUGCAUCUUGAGAGCACAGCUUACAAUUUGUUUUUGUUUUGUUUGUUUUUUUUACUGCCAAAUCCACAUGUAAGAAGCACUGUUUUUAGUUCAUUUUGUACAGAGCUAAAGGCCAAGGCCAACAAGUCUUUUUUUGUGGUAGUCCUUAGACCUCAAAGCCAAAAACACAGAAUACCUCAAAAACAACCAGCUCAACCUCUCAUAGAUUACCAAUGGCCUAUACAGUACUGACUGGUGUUUUUUUUUUUUUUUUUUUUUUACUCGCAUCAUUCUUUCCAUUUUCUUAAAGCCAUUUUGUACUUUAAGCUGACACAUCGUUACUACUCAGCCACAAACUUGUCCAAAUUUUUCUGUCCCUGUAUUUCUCUUUAUGCAACAUUAUUCAUCAAACAAAGGCCCCCAUUACUUAUGAAUCAAUCUCUGCAUGUUUUUUAUAUUUUAAUCUCCCUUUUCUGUAAAUACUUAAAUCUGUGUAGAGCAUUAUUUCCUGUCAGAUGUCAUGUCACUGUCAGUGAUGAUCUGCAUUUCUGAGAUUUUUUGUCAAACAUCUGACCGAUCUCACAGUAGCCAAGUUUUCAGUUUGGCCUCAGCACACUAUUACUCUCCAGCCUGUUACUUUAUUUCAGUUAUAUUUCCAGUAUUCAUGUGGCAUACCUCAGAUUUAUAUGUUUAAAAAAGUUUGGCUUUCUGGAAAUGUGAUGUGUAACAACAAAGAGAUGACACUGUGUUAUUCAUUUCGUCCUAGGGAUGUUAUGCUUGUUUGUUUUUUUUACAAAAACAUGUAAUAGUCUGACAUUUUCCGCAAAUAAACCCAGUAAUGACAACAAAUCUGACUGGAGUUUUUUUUUCUUCUCAUUUCAACUGUGCACAUGAUUCAUUCUGAUGUAUUC